CUCUUUUUACUAAGGGCAAACAUGCCUGAUAAUUGCUGCUCAAGCGGUCACCAGCCUUUUACACUAGAACCGUCUCAUGCGGAAGUAGGACUGAACAUUUGCAGAUCGGUGGCUCCUGUUCCUGUGUCCCCCCGUUAAGAUUUUCUACUCAUUAGUGAAGCCUGCAAGAACAACCAUUUUAAAGCCAGACUCUCUUCGAACUAUGGGACUCUCCCGGACAAAGAGGAAAGUAUUGUUUGUUUAAUAAUACAAAUGCUGCCCUACAUAAAUACCUCGGCUUGAAAGUCUAAUACCUUAGUAUCUUUCAGAACUAUAAUCAAGAUUUGGCAGCAUGAAGCCUGUUAUUGUGGUUCAUGGUGGAGCUGGCCGCAUCUUUAAAGAUCGGGAAGAAGGAGCUCGUUCAGGUGUUACCAGAGCAGCACUGAAAGGUUACAGUAUCCUUAAACAAGGAGGCAAUGCAUUAGAUGCAGUUGAAGAAGCAGUGAUAUCAAUGGAAGAUGAUCCACAUUUUAAUGCAGGCUGUGGAUCUGUUUUAAAUGAGAAGGGUGAAGUAGAAAUGGAUGCCAUUAUCAUGGAUGGAAAAAAUCUAGCCUCAGGAGCAGUAUCUGCAGUUAAAUGUAUAGCUAACCCAAUAAAGCUUGCUCGUCUUGUCAUGGAAAAGACAGAGCACAUGUUGCUGACUGACCAUGGGGCAAACCUUUUUGCCAAAGCCAUGGGUGUUCCUGAGAUUCCAGGGGAGAAACUUAUAACAGAAAGAUCCAGAGAGAGAUGGAGCAAGAACCUUGAGCCAGAUUCUAACCCUCAGGAGUUUAAAAAAGACCCUGGAACAGUUGGUGCCGUUGCUAUAGACAAUGAAGGAAACGUAGCUUGUGCAACAUCCACUGGGGGACUCACUAAUAAACUGGUUGGCCGAGUCGGUGAUUCAGCGUGCAUAGGAAGUGGAGGCUAUGCUGAUAACCAUGUUGGUGCCAUCUCUACCACAGGACAUGGAGAAAGCAUGAUGAAAGUAGUCCUAGCCCGACUUAUUCUCUAUCACAUGGAACAAGGAAUGUCACCGGUGGAGGCUGCUGACACUGCAUUGAAUUAUAUGAAAACAAGAGUGGGUGGAUUAGGAGGUGUCAUAGUUGUCAGCAAUUCAGGGGAUUGGGCAGCAAGGUUCUCCACCAAGCAGAUGUCUUGGGCUACAGUGAAGGAUGACCAGUUGCAGUAUGGCAUUUACACAGGGGAGAUACAUACGAGCUCUGUUGCAGAAGCACUUGAAUCCAAGUAAUUCUGAGGAUGAAGAAAAGUGGAUAGUACAGCAGGAGAAAGAUCUCAGUCUUCAUGGGGAGCAGUGAAAAUUGAUGUUUUCUUUCUGAAAAGAUUUACCUUCUAUUAAAUAUUCCCAGAAUCAGGGCCGGCUCUAGACCCAAGCGCGCCAAGCGCAUGCUUGGGGCGGCAUGCCACCGGGAGGGCGGCAGGCAGCUGCGGUGGACCUCCU